AAAAUGUUUAUAUAUAUACAGACUGUUUCCUGAAUGUCAAAGUUGGGGCUUUUUUUUCUCUACUUAUUGGAUCCGUUCCAGCCAUUUUCAAAUUGAGAAGAAAAAAAACCAAAGCUGCGAGAUUUAUAGAUCUCGAUUCGGAACUCGCUCAACUGAUGCAAUUGGCCUGUAAUGGCGAACAAGUUUAAUGCGGGAGAUGGUAGGACCAGGAGUCAUGUGUCAAUUUUUAUAGUAGCAGGUCUUUGCUGUUUCUUCUACCUAUUAGGAGCAUGGCAGAGAAGUGGGUUCGGAAAGGGGGACAGUAUAGCAUUGGAGAUGACUAAGAGUGGAGAAAAUUGUAAUGUUCUUCCCAAUCUCAAUUUUGAAACUCAUCAUGGCGGUGAAGCUGGGAUUAUUGAUGAUUCGGAUUCAAAAGCAACAGUGUACAAACCGUGCCAUCAACGGUACACUGAUUACACCCCCUGUCAGGACCAAGGGCGUGCAAUGACCUUCCCGAGGGAUAAUAUGAUCUACCGUGAGAGGCACUGCCCUCCUCAAGCAGAGAAGUUGCGUUGCCUCAUUCCGGCUCCAGAAGGAUAUGUGACCCCAUUUCCGUGGCCAAAAAGUCGUGAUUAUGUGCCCUAUGCUAAUGCUCCAUAUAAGAGCUUGACAGUAGAGAAGGCUAUACAAAACUGGAUCCAGUAUGAAGGUAAUGUGUUCAGGUUCCCUGGUGGAGGAACCCAAUUUCCUCAAGGAGCCGAUAAGUACAUUGACCAGCUUGCUUCGGUUAUACCAAUUGACAAUGGAACUGUUAGAACCGCAUUGGACACUGGUUGCGGGGUAGCCAGUUGGGGUGCGUAUCUAUGGAAAAAAAAUGUCAUAGCAAUGUCUUUUGCACCUAGAGAUUCACAUGAAGCCCAAGUUCAGUUUGCUCUGGAAAGGGGUGUACCUGCUGUCAUUGGUGUUCUUGGGUCGAUAAAAAUGCCAUAUCCAUCUAGAGCUUUUGACAUGGCUCAUUGUUCUCGCUGUCUUAUACCUUGGGGGAUAAAUGAUGGACUAUAUAUGAAGGAAGUUGAUCGUGUGCUUAGACCUGGUGGCUAUUGGGUGCUUUCAGGCCCUCCUAUCAACUGGAAGACUAACUACAAGGCAUGGCAACGACCACUGGAAGACCUUAAGGAAGAGCAGAGAAAGAUAGAAGAUGCUGCUAAACUUCUCUGUUGGGAGAAGAAGUCGGAGAAAGGUGAAAUUGCUGUGUGGCAGAAGACAAUGGAUUCUGAUGCUUGUCGUGCUAAACAGGAAAGUGCCGGAGCAACAUUCUGUCAAUCUAAAGAUUCUGAUAAUGUCUGGUACAAGAAAAUGGAGCAAUGCAUUACUCCAAAUAAGAAUCCUAACAGUGAAGAAAUUAAACCAUUCCCCGAGAGGCUUCAUUCAGUUCCUCCACGAAUUGUUAGUGGCUCAGUUUCUGGAGUUUCUGCAGAGGCAUUCCUUGAGGAUGAUAAACAAUGGAAAAAACAUGUCAAUGCCUAUAGAAAGACUAUCCCAAUUCUCGACUCUGGAAGGUACCGCAACAUCAUGGAUAUGAAUGCUGGAUUCGGUGGUUUUGCUGCUGCACUUCAAUCCCCCAAAUUGUGGGUCAUGAAUGUUGUACCCACUAUUGCCAAGAAAAAUACCCUCGGUGUUGUUUAUGAACGAGGAUUGGUUGGUAUCUAUCAUGACUGGUGUGAAGCCUUCUCUACUUAUCCUAGAACAUAUGAUCUCAUUCAUGCUAAUGGUGUUUUUAGCUUGUACAAGGACAAGUGUGACUUUGAAGACAUAUUAUUAGAAAUGGACCGGAUUUUACGUCCAGAAGGUGCGGUUAUAUUCAGAGAUGAAGUCGAUGUACUUGUGAAGGUGAAGAGAAUGAUCGGAGGUAUGAGAUGGGACUCCAAGAUGAUCGAUCAUGAGGACGGUCCACUUGUUCCGGAGAAAGUACUGGUUGCUGUCAAGCAAUAUUGGGUUGGCAACUCGACUUCUUCCCAUUGAAAACAAGGCUGCAAAACUGCAUGAGCUCGCUGCAACUUUUUGAUCUUUAAUUCAAUCUCCCUGGAUCACUAUCCCUUUCACCAUGAGAGUUCUGCAGAUCAAUGAUUCUGCCAGGAAAAAGAGGCGACAUUGGGCUUGAUCCCACAAGUACUAACCAGGGAUAGGUCAGUAAGUUAUAGAUUGUACUUCUAUACUAUGUAACUCUAGUGCAUUUUUUGAUCCCUUCGGAAAAUCGCCCGAACUUUACCAUAUAUGGGCUUUUGUUUUGCUUCUAGCUCUACCUUUUUCAAGCAAGUUGCUAAUGACAGAACUAUUUAUGCCAACUACUAUACAUUCGUGUUUAA